AUGAGCGAGCACAUCCAAUUCCCAUGUAACUACAAGCAGAAGGAGCGGGAGCGCGGGGCGGGCGGCGAGGCCGACGCCGCCCAGGCGGCGCUGCAUGCCUGUGCGGGGGAGCUGCUCGCGCUCUGGCGAGACCCUGUCCUAAGUGAGAUUCUGAGACGGAAGUGGAUCCGCGUCGACGACGGCCCGGGGUUCUUCCUGGACGACCUGGAGCGCAUCACCACACCACAGUACCUGCCCUCGAACGACCUCGAGUACCAGUUCGAGAUGGAGGCCGGCUCGGAGAGCGGGACGCAGUGGCGGAUCAUCGACGUCGGCAGCUCGCGUUCGCAGUCUUCCCCCAGCGCGGAGACCUGGGUCCCGUUCUUCGACGACGUCGACGCGAUCAUCUUCCUCGCGCCAAUCUCGUGCUUCGACCAGGUCCUCGCCGAGGACCGGAGUGUCAACCGCCUCGUGCGUGUCGCCCCUCCUCCUUCCCUUGCGCGCGGAAAUCCUGCCGGAUGA